AUGGAACGACAAUCAAGUCGUUUUGACUGGGCUCAUUCAUCGAUUUUACGUUUCUUCCACGUCUUAUUUUGGUGGUGGCUUAAUCCUGUACUUUCCUUAGGUUAUAAACGUGAUUUAACUGAUGAAGAUCUUGAUGAUUUAUCAGCAAACGAUAAAUGCUCUAGUUUAUUAGAUAAACUUAGUUAUUAUAGCGAUAAUAACUUAUGGAUGACAAAUACAACCACAUGGCAUAUAGUUAUGAAAGCGUUUUGGAAGCAAUCUGUUUUUGUCAUAUUUCUAUUGUUACCGUAUAAUGCAUCACGAGUGGCUCAACCACUUCUACUUCGUGAAAUUGUGUUAUAUAUCAUUAGUCAAAAGUCGCAUUCAGAGUCAUCGACAACUUUUUUUGAAAACUACAGAGGAUACAUUUACGCUUUAGGUUUAUUUUUAUGUUCAGCAAUACAAGCUAUACUUCAUCAGCAAGCUUAUUUUCGUACGACUCGUAUGGGUAUGCGUAUUCGCAAUGCACUAUUAUCAACGAUAUAUAAACGUUUACUAUCACUCAAUUUAGCAUCUUUACAACAGUCAACAACUAGUGCACAACUAAUUAAUUUAGUUGCUAAUGAUGCAAGUAAAUUCGAAGAUUUUUCUCAAUAUAUGCAUUAUCUAUGGGAAGCACCGCUUCAAGCGAUUAUUGCAUUUUGUUUAAUAUGGCAGUCAAUUGGUAUCAUACCUACUCUUUUCGGUUAUGGUAUACUCGUUCUUCUCGUUCCUUUGCAAUUAGCAUUUGGCCGAAUAUUUCGUCGAUAUCGCAAAAAGACAAUGGCAUGUGCCGAUAAACGUGUACAAGCAAUCAAUGAACUUGUUAAUGGAUGUCAAAUCGUUAAAAUGUAUAAUUGGGAAAAACCUAUCGAACAACGUGUGCAUAAUUUGCGACAGCAUGAAUUUGCAAGCAUACUUCGAGCUAGUCGCUUGCGUGCAAUCAAUAUGGGUUUAUAUUUUUCAUCGUUACCACUUAUUUCAUUAGCAACUUUUGGUGGGUAUUGGUUUAUGAAUCAUAAUUUAAGGCCAGUUGAUAUUUUUACGGCUCUUUCAUUUUUUGGUAUGAUACGAGGACCAGUGACAAGUUAUUUACCAACUGCUAUUGAGCGUUUCGGUGAAAUGUUGGCUGCAUCAAAACGUAUUGAUACAUUUAUGAGAUUAACAAAAAUUCAAGAACAAAAGAUAUCUGAUACACGACUAGGAACAACAGUAAUACAAAUGAAUAAUGCAUCAUUCUCAUGGACAAAAACAAUUUGUCUUGCUAAUCUUAAAAUGAAUAUAGAAUCUGGUACAUUAGUUGGUAUUGUAGGACCAGUUGGAGCAGGUAAAUCAUCGUUGCUAGGCGCUAUUUUAGGCGAAAUGACUUUGAUCAAUGGAGAUUCACGAGUAUUGGGCUCGUUUGCAUAUGCGGCACAAUCUCCAUGGAUAUUUGCUGAUACUAUUCGAGCAAAUAUUCUUCUUGGUAAACCACUUGAUGAGCAACGUUACACAAAUGUAAUACAAGCAUGUUGUCUUGAUAUUGAUUUGCAUUCAUUUGGAGACGCUGGCGAUUUAACAAUGGUAGGUGAAAAAGGUGUUAAUAUAAGUGGUGGUCAAAAGGCACGAAUUGCCUUAGCAAGAACACUCUAUGCCGAUGCUGAUAUUUAUCUGUUCGAUGAUCCACUUGCUGCUGUAGAUCAAAAGGUAGCUCAACAAAUUUUUGAUCAAUGUAUUGGACCCAAUGGACUAUUGAAAGAAAAAACACGUCUUUUAGUUACUCAUCAAACAUAUUUUUUACAUGAAGCAAUAGAUCAAGUAAUAUUUCUAAAGGAUGGGCAAAUUGAUCCUGAUGGGCAACUAGAACCAAAUAAACAAAUGCAAUCAACAACAAAUGAUGAUGACGAUGCAGAACAAGCAUUACAACCGCUACUAUUUGAUGUAUCCAAAACUACUACAGAUAAUAAACCAAUCGUAGUUAAUGAAACAGCUGCCAUUGGCAGUGUAAAUUGGUCUAUAUGGUAUAAAUUAUUUUCUUCAACUUCUUUUGGUGGGUUCGGUUUUUGUUUACUUAUUUUAAUUAUGAUUAUUGGUGAAGCCAUUUUUGAUGUUUCGAAUCGAUGGCUUAGUCUAUGGUCAGCAAAAUCAGCUGAAGAACAAAAAUUACCCAUUAACAUGAAUAUCUUUCUAAGUUUAACAUUAGGAACACUUAUCAUUGCUUUAAUACGUGCUCAAGUUUUCUUUCAUUUAAUUCUACAUGGUUCGAAUCAUUUUCAUAACAGCAUGUUAUCAGGAAUACUAUAUACAUCGCUUCGUUUUUUUGAAAGUAAUCCGAGUGGACGUAUAUUAAAUCGAGUAAGUAAAGAUCAACAAGUUAUUGAUGAACUAUUACCAGUGACUUUGUUUGAUGCUUUGCAAUUGUUAUUAAUGACAUUAGGUACAUUAGUAGUUAUUGGCAUUGUUAAUCCAUGGGCAUUACUUAUACUUAUUCCUCUAUUACCUGCUUUUUGGUGGUACCGUCGUUUUUAUUUGCGUUCAAGUCGUCAAAUAAAACGAUUAGAAAGUAUUACACGUAGUCCUGUUUACGCACUUUUUUCUUCAUCUUUACAAGGUGGACUUUCAACUAUUCGUGCAUUCAAUGUACAAGAAGAUUUUAUACAAUUAUUUAUUAAUCGAAUUGACACAAAUUCACGUGCUUUUUUCAUAUUAAUUGCUGCUGUUCGCUGGUUUGGAUUACGACUUGAUCUUAUGACAUCAUUACUUUCUUUGAUUACAUCUGCUUUAACGAUAGCACUUCGUCAUCGUAUUGAUCCGUCCUCUGCAGCACUUAGUCUUAUGUAUUGUAUUAAUUUAACAAUGCUUUUUCAAUGGGCCGUGAGACAAUCAGCUGAAGCAGAAAAUUACAUGACAAGUGCAGAACGUAUUUAUGAAUAUGUACAACUAGAGCCGGAAGAAAAUGAAAAUAAUACUAAUUUACUUGUUCAACCACCAGACAAUUGGCCAGAUCAUGGAAAUAUCGAAUUUAGCCAGUAUUCAAUGCGCUAUCGAGCAGGAUUAGAUCAUGUUCUCAAUAAUAUUGAUUUACAUAUUGAAACAAAAGAGAAAAUUGGUAUCAUUGGUCGAACAGGUGCCGGAAAAUCAUCUUUAUUUCAAGCUAUGUUUCGUCUUAUUGAUCAGAAUUCAGUUAGCGGUAGAAUUUCUAUUGAUGGUUUCGAUAUAAAAAGUAUUCCAUUGCAUCAUCUUCGUUCUCGAUUAAGUGUUAUUCCUCAAACACCAAUUUUAUUUGCUGGAACACUACGUUAUAAUUUAGAUCCAUUUGAGCAAUACACAGAUGAACAAUGUCUUCUAGCACUUGAAUCCGUUCAAUUAAAACAUAUCAUUUCAAAUAAUUCAGAAGGUCUUCACCAAUUAGUGGCUGAGUCUGGUAGUAAUUUUAGUACAGGUCAAUGCCAAUUAUUAUGUGUUGCACGAGCUAUUUUAAAACAAAGUAAAAUAUUAAUGAUUGAUGAAGCAACAGCCAAUGUUGAUCAAACAACUGAUUCAUUAAUUCAAAAUGUAAUAGCAGAGAAAUUUAAAGAUCGAACAAUAUUAACUAUAGCCCAUCGAUUAAAUACCGUUGCUAAAAGUGACAGAAUUAUUGUAAUGCAUCAAGGAAAAAUCUUAGACUUUGAUGUUCCACAAAAUAUUUUACCAAAAUAUGGACAUGAACAACACGCCAGUAGUGAUACAAAUAAUCAAAGUUGA